UAAUUCUUUGGGAGAAAGUAAGGAGAAACUGAAAGAGUGUCAGUGUGAAACAAGUAAUAAACCCCGCACUCCUUAUUAUGAUAGUGCUAAUUAUGGCUAUACUUAUUGCGAAAAGUGUGAAAAAGAGGUAAAAGGAGUUGGAAAGAAUGGAGUUAUUAAAAAUAGGAAUGACCCGAGGUUUUGA